ACGCCCGUCAAUUGUCCGCCGCCAUUUUGUCGAAUUUCUAACCUGCAGUUCGUCGCUGUUGUUUAUUGAUAGAUUUCUGAGCGCAAAUCGGUCGAUAAUGUCGGGCAGUGGAUCAGAAGAUGAUCAGAGCGAGGAUGGGGAGUUGCGUCAGAGCCCUCGGAGCGGCCCCAACUCCAAAACCGACCAAAUGGACUAUCAGAGUGAGGAGGAUGUAGGCGAUAUGGAUUCGCUGGACAUCAAGCCGCCGCAGGCCAAAGUGCAGGAGCACCGGGCGAAAAAACGGGACCCCGAACGGGGCCACAAGCGCAUGGAGGAGCGAGGCGAACGGCGCCGGGACGAGCGCCAUAAACAUCGUGAAAAACACCACAGAAAGACGAAAAGGAGGAGGUCAAGCCGCAGCUGGACGAGGAUCUGCCCCCGUACUAUCCGGCGGUGCAGGGUUGCCGCUCAGUGGAAGAAUUCCAGUGUCUGAAUCGGAUCGAGGAGGGCACGUACGGCGUGGUUUAUCGGGCGCGCGACAAGCGCACCAAUGAAAUCGUCGCCCUCAAGCGGCUCAAGAUGGAAAAGGAAAAGGAGGGCUUCCCCAUUACGUCACUGCGCGAAAUCAACACACUGCUGAAAGGGCAACACAGCAAUAUAGUGACGGUGCGCGAAAUUGUGGUGGGCAGCAACAUGGAUCGCAUUUUCAUCGUGAUGGACUACGUGGAGCACGAUCUGAAGUCGCUGAUGGAAACGAUGCGCCACAAGAAGCAGAGUUUCAUGCCCGGCGAAAUCAAGUGUCUGCUCAAGCAGCUGCUGCAGGCUGUCGCCCAUUUGCACGACAACUGGAUCCUGCACAGAGAUUUGAAAACAUCCAAUCUGCUGCUGUCGCACAAGGGCAUUUUGAAAGUGGGCGACUUCGGCCUGGCACGCGAAUACGGCUCCCCAUUGAAGGCCUACACGCCCGUUGUUGUCACGUUGUGGUACCGCGCCCCCGAACUCCUGCUUUGCACCAAGGAGUAUUCCAUUCCGAUCGAUGUGUGGUCGGUGGGUUGCAUAUUUGCCGAACUUCUGCAAAUGACCGCCCUCUUUCCCGGCAAAUCCGAAGUUGAUCAGUUAAACCGGAUUUUCAAGGAUUUGGGCACCCCGAACGAGCAAGUCUGGCCGGGCUUCAACAGUUUGCCGGCCGUCAACAAGAUCAAGUUCCACGACUAUCCGGUGUCGAAUUUGCGCGCAAAAUUCAGCACUUUGAGCGAAAUCGGGCUCGGGCUCCUACUGAAAUUCCUCACCUACGAUCCGGCGCAGCGCAUCACGGCGGAGGAGGCGCUGAAACACGCCUACUUUGGCGAACCGCCGCUGCCCAUCGAUCCCGCCAUGUUCCCGACGUGGCCGGCGAAGAGCGAAUUGGGGCACAAGCGCGCGAUGGCCGCCAGCCCGAAGCCCCCUAGCGGCGGCGGCGAGUACAAAAAACUGGGCGGCGAAGAUGACGACGGCUACGGGUUCCGGCUGGGGAUGGGGGUUGACAUGCGCCGCGGCGGCGCCGGCUUCAGUCUGAAGUUCUGACAGAAGGCCGACCGGGGCGGCGUUGCCAAACCGUGACUGCCCCGCCCAUCAGCGAUCGACCAGUAAGCAACUGUUGAUUUAAUUGUUUUGGCGGGCUGCCCCCCAUCGGGGGGCAGCCAAUGACGGCCGGGCGAUUUCAAAAUAUUUAUUUAUUAUUGUUAUAAUUAUUAUUUACAAAACGUCCGGCUUAAUAUGUACAAGUUCACAAGGAGUUACAACAACACAUACAUGGAUUUUUCGGCGCCUAAAACUAGAAAAACAAUAAAAUAACAGGCAAGAUACACAGAACAGCCUAGAAUAAUGAAUCGAC